AUGAUAGCUCCGCUAACGAACUUAACCAUUGCGACCGUGACAGUGGACCUCACGCAUGUAGUAUAUACGUGGAACCUUUCUACGACAUUCGCGCCGAAGAGCGUGGAGGUUCUCGUCGGACAACGCUUCGAUCGCUAUAGGAGUCAUGAAAAGAACUGCUUGACGACGGUCGUCGACAAGACUCUGGAUGAAGAUGUUGUGAUCUCUAUCAAGCUCGUGCAGGAGCCUGACGCUGCUUUCCCCGUGGCUCACAUCACGUUUAUGCCUUCGGCUGGUCGCCAGCGUGUCCGCGUUCCUCCGGGGUUCAAGAUCGUCCUGAAAGAGGACGCGUCCAUUCUCGUCGAACGUGUCCAACUCGAAGGAGUCAUUCCCCCGGCGCUGGCCGACGCGCAAGUGCACAACGCCAACUGCUACUGGAUUGUGCCCAAACGCGAGGACGGACGCGCCGUCAGAGAUGCGUGGCUCAUGUAUGAACUGGUCGGAAACUUAGGACCUGGCGCCCUUCUCUGGCCCGUCUUCAAGCAGCCUACCAGCAUCGACCGCGAGUCGCUCAAGGACGUCAUCACGCCGUGGUCUGUCCGCCACUUCCUUCUCAACAAGGCCCUCGACGACACGAGGAACCCCAUUACGGUGAUCAACCACGUUGAGAAGCGUUUCCGUGUCGAGCACGCGCGCAAACGGUUCAGUUUUGGCAAUAUCGACCGCCUUAUGGUCAUGGCCGGAGCCCCUGGGGAACGUCGCGAGGAUGUUGAAUUUGGCGCGAAGCUGGUUAUGGCCGCGUUGAACUCGGGAGUGGUCACGGACGCGGUGUAUGAGGAGACUCUCGCAGACGCUUAUGCGAUGGGCAUGCUGGGCGUGUAG